AGAAACUUUGACACCGUGUCGCCCUUUCUCAAAUGGAGCAGCCCACGUGAGCGCUGUCUCUCUCUCUCUCUCUCUCUCUCUUGUUAGUAUCGAGAUUCGAGACUCCGCUCUCUCUUUCAGAGACCAGAAAAGUACAGUAGUUUCUCAGCCUUCUCUCCUUCCCCACCAAGGAAACAAGAGAAUGUCUCUGUCGUGUGGAGUCGAGUGUAUCGUCUACGCAGGCUUCGCUCGCUGGGCGUGGAAGCGCUGCACCUACGUCGGCUCCGACGACAGCUCCACUUGGCCCCCUGCCACCCUGGAUGAAUUCGAACCAGUCCCUCAUAUCUGCCGUUACAUCCUCUCCGUCUAUGAAGAAGACCUGCGCAACCCCAAAUUCCCCCCCAGCGGUGGGUACCGCAUGAACCCGGACUGGGUCGUGAAGCGCGUUACGUACGAGCAGACUGACGGCCACGCUCCACCUUACCUCAUCUACGUCGACCACAACAAUUGCGAGAUCGUUCUAGUUAUUAGAGGUCUCAAUCUCGGCAAGGGGAGCGACUACAAGGUGCUGCUAGACAAUAAGCUGGGAAUACAGAUGUUUGAUGGAGGGUAUGUUCAUCAUGGGUUGUUGAAGUCAGCAGUUUGGUUGUUGGAUCAGGAGUCCGAGACGCUGAGGAAGUUGUGGGUCGAUAAUGGCUCGUCGUAUAAGAUGGUCUUUGCCGGACAUUCGUUGGGUUCCGGCGUCGCCGCCUUAUUAACGGUGGUGGUGGUUAACAACCGGGACCGACUUGGUGCGAUUCCCAGAAGUAAUCUGCGGUGCUAUGCGGUUGCGCCGGCGAGGUGUAUGUCGCUUAAUUUGGCGGUCAAGUAUGCGGACGUGAUUUACUCUGUUGUAUUGCAGGAUGACUUCUUACCAAGAACGCCAACACCAUUGGAAGAUAUUUUUAAGUCAAUUUUCUGCUUGCCAUGUUUGUUAUUUUUUGUUUGCAUGAGAGAUACCUUUAUACCAGAAGAUAGGAAGCUGAGAGAUCCAAGAAGACUUUAUGCUCCUGGAAGGAUGUAUCACAUAGUAGAAAGAAAAUUUUGCAGAUGUGGAAGGUUUCCUCCAGAGGUGCGGACUGCCAUUCCAGUUGAAGGAAGAUUUGAACACAUUGUUCUAUCAGCCAAUGCCACAUCAGAUCAUGCAAUUAUAUGGAUUGAAAGAGAAGCAGAAAAAGUUUUACAGAGAAUGAGGGAAAGUAGUGCUUUAACUGUGACAGUUCCUCCUCAAACCCAAAAGAUCCAGAGGUUACAGACCCUUGAAAAAGAACACAAGGAUGCAUUAGAAAGAGCUGUCAGUUUGAAUGUACCUCAUGCCGUGAAACCAGAAGAACCCUCUGCCUCUGGGGAACCAGAUGGGCUGGCUUCCCAUAAUCAAGCUGAAGAGGUCUCAAAUGCAACAUCAAAGUCCAGUCAAGGAAGAACCAACUGGAAUGAAGUGGUUGAGAAGCUUUUCAACAGGACGGAAUCAGGAGAGCUUCAUCUGAAGAAAGAUGUUGGUGUUCCCUAAUGACAACCAUUUCUUUCAUCAACAGUUGUAUGUACCCUAAGGUUACUUCUUGAAUUUGCUUUGUUCAUCCUCCACCCUUGUUCAUACAUUUUUGUAUACUCAAAUUUGUUGACUACCUUUUUUCAUAAAGAAAGUCAUGAAGCUUGUAUACUUUCA